AACCACCAGCGCUCUAAAAAAUAAUAAUAAGAAUGCACACAAAACUCAGCCCCAUGGCUUCUCUCUUUCUUUUUAUCUUUCUCGCAUCUCUCACUGUUCGGUCCGCCGGUGAUCAAAACCCAUUAUUCACCCAGUCCCAGAAGUCCUAUCUGAUUCGGUAUUGGAACAAACAGACCGGAAACGGCCACACCAAGCCAGUGUUUCUCCUAUCCAAAGCGUCCCCACUAAGCGCAGAUGAGUCAGCCAGUUUCUCCAAACUCGCCACCACCCACAACCACAGCGCUCUCUCCUCUCGCUUCUCAGCCUUCUGUGCGUCCGCCAACCUCCUCUGCUUCCCUGAUUCUUCAUUACCGACUCACACAGACGCUGGCUGUGUUUUCAGUUACAUGUGUUCUUUCACUUACAACAACGAUAAGAGAUCCCAUACCACCGGUAUAUUCUUUCGGGAGUCGAUGUUAAAGAAAGGGACGGUGAUGCCAAUGCCGGACAUUAAAGAUAAAUUGCCAGAAAGGGCCUUUUUGCCGCGGUCCAUUUCGUCCAAACUGCCGUUUUCUACGUCCAAAAUCUCUGAGCUGAAGCGGGUUUUUCAUGCGGGUGAUAAUUCCACUAUGGAGACUAUGAUAGUUGAGACCUUAAGUGAUUGCGAGAAAGCUCCUAGCCCAGGCGAGAACAAGCGGUGCGUGGGCUCAGCUGAGGACAUGAUCGACUUCGCAAUCUCGGUCUUGGGUAGUCGAAAUGUUGCCAUUCGAACAACCAAGAAUGCAAACGGGUCAAAGCAGAGUAUAAUGAUCGGGUCGGUCAAAGGGGUCAACGGUGGGAAAGUCAUGCAGCAAUCACUGUCUUGUCAUCAGAGCUUGUUUCCGUACCUAGUAUAUUACUGCCAUUCGGUUCCAAAAGUUCGGGUCUACGAAGCGGAUAUAUUGGAUCCGAAUUCGAAGGCUAAGAUCAAUCAUGGUGUUGCCAUUUGUCACUUGAAAACCUCGAGUUGGGACCCGAAUCAUGAAGCUUUCUUGGAGCUAGGGUCAGGUCCGGGUCGGAUCGAGGUUUGCCAUUGGAUUUUCGAGAAUGAUCUGACCUGGACAGUUGCUGACUAACCGUUAGCACACCAAGGUGAAACAUCCUCGCUAGAACUUCACUAGAGGAUUGCAGGUCUUGAUUCAACACAUAUAUGUAUCAUGAAGCUAAUAAAUGUGUUGAUAUUUUGUGUAUUUUAAACUUGCCCUUCAUCUGAUAUUUUGUGUAUUUAUGGGAAGCCUAAGGAAUAGUUAUUCCUAGACUAGUUUAAUUAUGUAUUAAGCUUGUAAUAUAUAUAUAUAUAUAUAUAUAUAUAUGAACUUUCUCUCCUAAUUUUAAUUUAUGUGUAUAAAUGGGAAGUCUAAGGAGUACUAGUUACUCCUAGACUAGUUUAAUUAUGUUUUAAGCUUGUAAUGUAAUAUAUGGAUUUUCUCUAUUAAUUUAUGUGUAUUUAGGGGAAGUCUAAGGACUA